GCCGGCUUCUUGCGUCGUUGCCCGCGCAGUUUUUUUUCGCGUGUUGAUUAGACAUCACCAAACAACAAAUUAAAGGGCCAAAAAUAAGACAAAAUUAAAAAGUACUUGCCUUAUACCUUUAUUAUUUUAAGCACAUCUCCAACAUAAAACAUGCGCCGCGCCAAAACCUCAAAUAAGAAGGCAGAGACUGUGUCUGAGGCAACCGACCCCACUCCCAAUGGCAAUGGACUAGUGGCAGCCGAAGAAACCGAAAAGGCUGCAUCGGCACCUAUUAAAGGUGCCGCUAAGGGAAAGGCACGUCCCAAAAAGAAUGCAAAGGAGGAACCUGAACAGAAUUCUCUAGAGGAUCCGCAGCCUGUGGAAAAUAAAAAGGCGCCUGCGGCUUCGCGUGGCAAGAAGAAGCAGCCGUCGCAGGAUAGAGACGAUAUCAGUGAGCCUAAGGUAGUAAGCAAACCGAAGGGGCGUGCGAAGAAGCCGAGCGAUGAGCCGGAAGCGGCUGAAACAGAGCAACCCGCUGUUAAAGCAGCUCCGGCCAAAGGACGUAAAAGGAAGGAGCCCUCUGCAGAUGCCGGGACAUCGGCCGAGCCACCCAAACGUCGCGCAAAAAAGGAUACUGCGCCGCUAAACGAGGAUGUGCCUGUGCCGUCUUCACCCCCAGAAGAAAAACCUAAAAGAGAGCGUGUUUCCAAGCCGGUGCGGGGGACUAAGAGGCUGGCAGAAUCUGAAAUCGCUUCGGCGCUAAUGGAGGAAGACGAACCGAAUGUCGAGCCCCCUAAAACUGCGCCAAAGCGUAGCAGGAAGCAAAAGCCAGAAACUGACCUUCCCGAGGAUCCCAAAGCUGCGGUAAAAGAGGAACCGGUUACAGAGCCGCCCAAGACUGCUCCCAAGCGUGUUAGGAAGCAAAAGCAAGAAGCUACUCCACCAGAGGAUCCCAACUCAAUAGAGGAAGCUCCACCGAGUGAGGGAGUCAAGAAAAGAACUGUUAAAAAGGUAAAGGAAAAUGACGCUGACGCUGGCACUGAAACUGGUCGAAAAGGCCAAAAGAAAAACACAAAGCCUGCAGAGGAUCCUGACUUAAUUCAGGAACCUCCACCAAAGGCAGCCGCGAAGAAGAAAACUACCAAAAAAACUAAGGAGAAGGACGCUGAAGAUGAGACUGAGUCAAAAGACGAAAAAAAACCAACAAAAGCGCGGGGUAAGAAGCAAGCUACAGAGGAGGAGAAACCGGUGACCACCAAGAAACGUGGCCAAAAGGCAGCCCCUACAAAGGACGAUGCUGAAGAUGAAAUUCCUAAUGAAAACGCUGAACCAGUUCGGGGACGGAAGAAGGCAGUAGCUAAGAAGCAAAUAGAUGAUGAGGAAGUGGACGGUUCGAAAACAUCCAAAGCUUCCAAAAACGGGGGAACCGGGGCUGUUACGGAAUUGGAUAAAUCAGCGUUUACCCUUCCCAGUGACAAGACGUUCAACUUGAAAAUAUCCAGCUGGAAUGUGGCUGGUCUAAGAGCCUGGCUAAAGAAGGACGGGCUCAAGUUGCUGGACCUCGAGGAGCCGGAUAUAUUCUGUCUGCAGGAAACCAAGUGCUCGAAUGACCAGUUGCCAGAGGAAGUUACUCGGCUACCAGGCUAUCAUCCUUACUGGCUGUGCAUGCCCGGCGGAUAUGCAGGGGUGGCUAUUUAUAGCAAGAUCAUGCCCAUCAACGUUGAAUACGGUAUAAAAAAUGAAGAGUUCGACGACGUGGGUCGCAUGAUUACGGCGGAAUAUGAAAAGUUUUACCUAAUCAAUGUAUAUGUGCCGAAUUCGGGACGCAAACUAGUGAACUUGGAGGCGCGCAUGAGAUGGGAAAAACUAUUUCAAACUCACGUACAGAAGCUGGAUGCACUUAAGCCAGUUGUCAUUUGCGGCGACAUGAACGUCUCCCACAUGCCCAUCGACUUGGCAAACCCGAAAACAAACACCAGGAACGCCGGUUUCACCCAGGAAGAGCGCGACAAAAUGACAGAGCUGCUGGGUCUUGGUUUUGUGGAUACCUUUAGGCAUCUCUAUCCCGAUCGUAAAAACGCCUACACCUUUUGGACUUACAUGGCCAAUGCACGGGCUCGCAACGUAGGCUGGAGAUUAGACUAUUGCCUCGUCUCGGAAAGGUUUCUCUCCAAGGUGGUGGAGCAUGAGAUUCGAAAGCAAUGUCUGGGAAGCGACCAUUGCCCAAUCACCAUUUUCUUUAAUAUUUAAACAUAAUUUGAAUGUUUUUGCUAUCCGAUUGUAUUUAUUUUUCUACCGCAUUUAUAUUCGUAAUGUCUGUUACACUUAACAAUAUGUAUUAUGUUGUAGAUCGACCUCGAAAUUUUGGUAUUAAACCAACUCAAUAUUUCACUCAGAAACUGAUAU